AUGUCUUCUGACCCAAUGACACCUGUGAUACGGAAUGGGAAUUUUACUAUGAUCUCCAACAAGAAUCUCCCAGCUCAGACUUGGACAUCCACGCCGCCACAUUCAGUGUGGUUGAAUCUCAGUGCUGGAGAGAAAGCAGGUAUCGGGGUUGGUGUCGGACUAGCUCUUCUUGGCCUGCUUGUGGGAGUGGUGCUUUUGGCGAGGCGAAGAAGCCGUCGGCUUGAGGAUCCGUCGAACUCUGUUAACCGCGGACAGCUUAUUGCUGAAGCUGAUGGAACGAUGAUCUACCGGCCAAGUGAGCUCGAUGCUGUAUGUAAGGCGGUUUGA